CUAAUAUUUGGUUUUAAGACGUGGUUUCCUACAAUCACGCGUGCGUGAUUGCGCGGUGCGCGAUGCGCGUUUGCGCGAUCACGCUUGCGUGAUGCGUGAUGGAAGUGUUUUGCUACGAUGCGUGUUUACGACUGCGCGAUUUGGAGUUUAGAAAAGUGUCGUCACUUCGUCAGUUGAUGUUUAGUAUUUCAUCAAAAUGGACGUAGUUAUGCUUUACAAUAUUUUGGAGGAUGAAGCAGAUGAAGAACUAUUGCUACUUGCGAAUCAUUUCCGUAAUGAAAAUGAUGAAAUGUUUAGUCAACGGAGCAGGGAGGGUUGUUUCAGUACUUUAAUUCAAAGGCGCCUAAUUGACAAUGAAACUAGAUUCAGGGCAUAUUUUAGAGUGUCAUUUGAAUUAUUUAAUUAUAUACUAAAUGCUAUUAAAGAAGAUAUAAGAAGGCGUCCAAGUAAUCGGAUUAAGAAACCAAUAUCACCAGAAGAGAAACUUAGCGUCACUCUAAGAUUUUUAGCAACCGGUGAAAGUUAUAGAUCCCUUGCUUUUCAAUUCCGAAUAUCUCACAGUUGGAUAAGUACUAUUAUAAGGGAAGUAUUAGUUGCUAUUUGUCAUCGUUUAAAAAAUAUAGCAAUACCUGAACCAACGCAAUGUAGUUUGUCGAAAGUAGCCAACGAUUUCUAUGAAAUGUGGAAUUUUCCAAAUUGCUGCGGCGCCAUAGACGGGAAGCACAUACGGAUCGUUUGCCCUGAUAACUCUGGAUCGCUGUUUUUUAAUUACAAGUCAUUUUUUUCAAUUGUGUUAUUGGCUUUAGUCGACGCGAAUAACAAAUUUCUGGUGGUAGACAUAGGAUCGUAUGGUAAAGAAGGCGAUGCAGGAAUUUUCCCUAAAUCUAAUUUGGGCAAAUCAAUAUCAACCGGAGAAUUCAAAUUUCCAGAACCAAAAUGUUUACCAAACACUGAUGUAGUCUUGCCACAUGUAUUUGUCGGUGACGAAGCAUUUAAAUUGACGGAGACAAUGAUGAGGCCUUAUCCCCGAAACCAAUCAAAACUAGAUCCAAAAAAAGCCAUUUUUAAUUACCGCCUAAGUCGAGCUCGAAGAACCACAGAAAAUACGUUUGGCAUAAUGUGUCAAUACUUUCGUGUAUUUUUCACGCCAAUUAAUAUUCUGCCUGACACAGUCGACAAUUUAAUAAUGGCCGCAUGUAUUAUCCAUAACAUGUUACGAGAAGAACGAAUGGUGUGUCCUAUGGAUUCGACAGACAGAGAUCCCAUAACAGACGUUCAAACGAACACGAACAUGAUACAAUUUGGUGCAGUUGGAGGAAACGCAACUCAUGAAGCUUUUCGAGUUAGGGAAACUUUUAAAGAUUAUUUUAACAGUAGGUCAGGAUCAGUGAGUUGGCAGCAAAAACACGUGACUCGUACUAAUUAAGAUAGUGUUGUUAUAUAUUAUAUUGACUGUUUACAAAAAUUAUUAGUAGUCCAAAUAUGAUUUUACUAUUAACUAUUUUCAUAUUAUAUUCAGUGUAAUAUUAUUUAUAAUGUAAAAUUAAGUUUAUUAUUAUCAACUAACAUAUUAUUUUAAGUUAUAAAACCAAACAUUAUAUGUAUAUAAGUUUAUUUUCGGUCACUAUAAAUUAUCACAUAUAGAUAUAAUUAAACUAAAACAUUCUGUAUUAUUAGAAAUGUAAGUAAAUUAUUUAAUUUUAGAUAAGAUUUUAUUCAGUCACAUAUUGAUAUUCUAUAAAUAUCAAAUUUUCUUGACUGUUGUCUCGUAUUCGUUAUUCAAGAACAAACAAUUUGAAUCACAAAUCAUAAUAUUUUCUUAUAUCAUAUUACUAUCUUACUAUAUUUUUAACUUAUAAUUUAUAUUAAUUUUCUAAUGACAUUACAUACCGUUUUUUCCAAUA